AUGCAUGUCAUACUGUGCCUGGUGACCGGCCUUUUGGCUUUGGCUGGUAAAUCCGCUGCUGAAUGCGACUCGUACGGAUAUGAUUUCGUCAACAAUGGAGGCCCUUACUGCAUCCACACGACCUCUACCGCCUACUUUUCGUUCGGAACCGAAUUCUUUGGCUGUCAGCCCAGUGACGUUCAGGGUUCUGUCACUCCAAUUCUGGUCGACCCAAAUAGCGAUGAGUACUUCUGCUCCGACAUUGCCGUUCAACCAGAUGGGGAAGAUAUGGUGUCGACAUGCAACGUUCCCGGGAACGAAGUAACGAAGAACAACAUGUUCUCUGGGGACUGGACGAUCGUCAUCGAAGGUCUGACCUUCGCCUGGAUGAGAUCGUUUUCUAUCAUUGCGGCACCGCCCGUGGUUGUGACAACUACUCCCACUGCCACAUUCACCGUCACAUCUACCCCGUCUACCACAAUCACGACAACAAUCACCAACGUCUAUUCGACUACCGCAUCUCCUUCCACCGUUACAGUACCUACCACGACCACAACAAGAACCAUUACCACCACUCCCCCGCAAGUCACGGUAUAUUGGACCUCGACCAUAACACGGACACGUACCACUAGAGUGUUUUCUAAAACAAUCUCGACCACCACUGUCACCACGUCAUGCAAAACGCAAACGCCAGCAAGAGAUCCUACGUGUACCAUUCGGCCUACGAAGGCUACACUUGCCGCAGCCAACGAGUCCUUCACGAUCGUCCCGCGAGUGCGUCAGUUUGGAAGACCUGGAUGGAAGGCGGAGAAGCGAGCGAUUGAUCGAAGACAGGACACGACACCGGUUGAUCCUGGCCCAGAUCAAUGCACUACAACUGUUGUCGAUACUGCGGAUGCUGUUUCUUCAUAUACGACAGUGACAGCGCCGACUAGCACUGAAAUCGACACGGAAAAUGCGACGACGACAACCACAGUCACGCCUCCGCCCGUAACGGCAUACUCUGGAAAGGCAAAGACAACCAUCACAAUCACCGAACCUACGCCCACACGCACCCGUACCACUCGUACCUACCAGACAGUUUGGACCACCUCGACAGUAUGGGCAACCAUCACCUCGACGGUCAUGACAGCGCCCUCUGGAUGGGUCUGUGCUACGUCUGCAGGGAUUUUAGGGCUUUGA